CGUGAGGGCGGACGUGUCUCAAAAUUGCUUGACAAAAAACCUACCAAAUACUGUAACUAUUAGGACCAAGUUUUGUAUUUGUCAGUGCGAUAAACUUCUUGCGUGUGUUGCAUACAAAUAACGACAAGAACUGACAUACUGAAUGCAGCCUGGAAAAUGAGCUGGAAACAUUUGGGAAUGGUGUAAAGUUGUCCUCGAAGUUUCUUUGGAACAACACCGACCAAUAACCAACCAAAAAACAGCAAGAUGGCCGUAAACCACGCAGGUCGGCGCAAGACGCUAGAAGAUCAAACUCAUGUGACCAUACAGGAGCAGUUUUUGUAUGAAUGGAAAGAAAACUUUGGAGAUUCGCAAGUACCAGAGAACUUGCAGUUUAUGAAGAUGACUCUCCCUGAGACUGUCAAACCAACGCAGGGCGAAGAGGGCGUGGCCACCCCUGCCUUCAACGCCACUGACUCUUUGAUUCUCGCCAACCUAGAGGGAGACCUCAAAGAGUCCUCCACACACAUCCUCAAACUACGCAAUGAGCUGAAGCGGGAGAAAUUUUGUAAGGAAUGGCUGACGAAAGAGAUCCACCGUUACAACAGGGCAAGCGAGGGACUGGACUCUAGAUCAACAGGGUCGUCAGAAGCGUCAGAGCUGUAUCCUGAAGAGGAUUUCGAAGCCUUGGGGGUGGUCAAAGAGGAGUUGGAGACGCCCCGGGCAUCACUUGAGGAAGACGAGGUAUCAGGAGAUUCUUGUGAUAAAAAGACUCUGCAUGUCGAGAAUGAUGAUGGUGACGAUGAUGAGCAGGAACCUCUCUAUGACAACAUCAAACCUCAAGACGACAGUAGCUCUGACGAAGACAUGGAGGGAAUUUAUGAGAACUUGGACUUCUUGAAGAAAAUGCAAAAUGGGGAUGCGUCGAAUGAGGAGUCGGAAGGCGAAGAUGUCUUUCUUGGAAACCCACAUAUGGAGCACCUACUCACAACGAACAUGAGGGUCAGCACUCUGAUAGAGGGGCAUGAUGAAGACGGAGGACCCCCUCCAAGAAGACCCUUGAGGAGGGGCCAACCUCCUGUCCUACCUAUUCGGGGUGACCUCCCGAAGAUGCCCCAGAGAGAUGAGACUGCACAAGAGAAGGACGAGACACACCCCUCAGACAACAAACAAGACCAUGAUUUCCUGUCGCCUAACAGUGCCAGCCAAAGAGCAUCCAGUCCCUCCAGUAUGUCGGCUGAUGAUCGUGGCUCUGUAUCGUCCACUGACCCAGAAUCCUCUCCAUCUUUCAAGAGACCGGUUACCAUUCGUCAGAUGUCUGGCGAGAUGAGCCCAGAUCCACCAUCAGAUGAUCAGCUCCAACACAGGUUAUCUUCACCAGAGGUAGAAAUCCUCAAUGUCAGAAGACUACUACUGAGCGGGACUUUGGAAAGUGAACUCAAGUAUGUCCAGACUAUGGAGGAACUUCAAAAGGUAAUGAAGACAUUCAAGGCCAACAUGACCACCUCACAGCCGAUGCUAACCCAAGAAGACUACGAUACUCUUUUCUUUAAGAUACCUGAACUUGCUGAUGUACAUCGUGAGUUCUGCAAUCACAUGGCGCCCAAGCUGGCUAAGUGGAGCCCUGGACAGACCUAUGGAGAUUCAUUCAAACUUUUGGCCAGAGAUUUUGGUCUACAUGAGGAGUAUGUAGCCAACUACAAGAAGGCCAUGGCUGUCUUGGCAAGACUGAGGAAGCUUGAUGAAAGGUUUGCUGCAAUCUCUAGUAGUAUUAAGCUACAGUCAGGCACCACCUACACCAUGGAAUCUAUGUUGAAUACGCCUCUGCAGAGAAUAACAAAGCUGACAUUGGUCCUGAAUGAUCUUUUGACGAGAACUCCCGUCAGUCAUGAAGACUAUAACAUUCUCGCUCAAGUACUGGAGAAGACAAGGACUUUCUUCAAGCAAGUGGACGAUGCCACGAAGGAAACAGAUAGCACCAAACAGAAGAGGCGGCUGAUCAAGGAGAGCUACUUGGUUGAGUUCAGCGAGGGACGUAAGCUGAGGCAUGUACUGCUAUGGUCAGAUCUUAUCAUCUGUGCUAAGGAAAAACCAGUCAGUGGGAUGUUUCACCGUGACAAAGCCCAAUAUGACUGUCAAUGGUACAUGCCGCUCGCAGAGCUGUCACUUACCCCAAAUGAAAGAUCAGAAGCUCCAGCCCAACUUACCAACAUGAGUGACAAAGAACUUGAUGAGAUGAAGAAAUCAAUCAAAGAACUGAAAGCUUCUGCUAGGAAAGACACAAAUUCUGGAACGUCUUCCAGUCCCAGCGGUUCGUUCCGUCUCAACUCUAGUGGCAGGAGGCAGAGCAAGCAGCUGACAAAAAGUUUGGAGUCAAGACGGAAAGAAAUAACAGAAAAGGAGGGAGUUGUGAUCAUCGAGUCUCCAAAACUACCCCUUCAUCUUUAUCAUAACCAAGGAAAGACGUACACACUGCUCAUGUCCUCGGACUAUGAGCGCUCCGAGUGGAAAGAAGCCAUCUUGACGGCCAAGAGAGAGUGUCGAAUCACCGCCUCGCUCACUCCGUAUCACAUCGAGAAACUACUCACCAAAUGUAAACGAGGUCGCAAGAUAAACAACAUUGGAUCAAUACUCAUCAAAGACGAGGAAGAGCUGUUGUUUGGAACAUUAAAUGUGACUGUACACCAUGCCAAGGGACUUAAUGUGCCAGGACAGCUCUACUGCUGUGUUGAGGUUGACUCCUAUGGGAUCAUCUCCCUCCGUGCCAAGACUAAGAAGUCGGAGAACUCUAAGAUGCCAACGUGGGAUGAGGAGUUUGCGCUUGAAGUUGAGGGCGCCCAAACGCUCCGCAUUCUAUGCUAUGACUACACCAAGGGGCUUGAAGACGAGAUGAUGGACAAGGGGGCCAAGACGCUCACAAGAUCGGAGAUUGGCAAGAAGCAAAUCAGCACUACCGUCCAAAUGGAAAAGCUUGAGGUUGACAUAAGUCUGAAGUUUGAAUCAUCUGAAAAGGCUCUGAAGCGGGUACAGUCCAAAAAGAAAAUGGGUGUGUUUGGGGUGAGGAUCAGCCACCUGUGUCAAAGAGAGGGUACCAAGAUACCCAAUAUCGUCAUCAAUUGUGUGGAGGAGAUCGAUAGAAGAGGUAUUUCAGAAAUGGGAAUUUAUCGGAUCUCUGGCUCCUCAGCUGACAUCUUGGGGUUAAGAAAACUCUUUGAAAUGAAUAGCAAACACAUUCUUACCAAGCUGAAGCAGGCUGAGAUACACGCUGUAGCUGGUCUCAUCAAACGUUACUUCAGAGAUCUCCCUGAACCCAUCUUCACUCAGAAUCUCUACUGUAAAAUAAAGGAUGGCUUUGCCCUGAAGGAUCCUGAUGCGAAGAGAGAGUGCAUGAUAUCAAUCAUGCAGACUGUACCAGAACCAAACAUAACCAUCAUAAAAUACCUGUUCAGACAUCUCAAAAGAGUGGCAGAUAAUGAAUCAGUCAACAAGAUGCAUUUACAUAACCUUGCCACAGUGUUUGGCCCCACCCUGCUUGGCCCAGCCUCCAAGCCCUCUCCCCUGGCCACUGGUGACAACAAAGCCUUCAUUACCGGGAUCAUGGGCAUGUCUGACGCCAUGUCACAGGUCGGAAUUCUCUUCUACUACCUUGAGCAUUAUAACUAUGAAUAGUACAUGUCUCAGUACAGAGCCCCCUUGCUAUUGAUUUACAAUAUACAUGUAACUCUGAACUAUCUUGGCUCUUGUGGAUCAAAGAUCAGAGCUCAACUCACAUACAAGCAUUGUAAGAUUUGAUGGCGUCAAUACUGCACAGUCAAAACUGUAUUUUGGGACCAGGCAUAUCAUUUAUAUUUGAAGUUACCCACACUGUGUGUAACUUUGUAUAAUUCUUUAUUCAGGUAUCACAAUACAUGUAUACAAAGAUAUACAAAUGUUAGUACAAUAGGUACACUUAUUUAGUAACAAAUGUGAUGUGUGAUGCAUAUAGCCGGUAAAUUUCCUGAAUUGCAAUGUGUAGAAGGUUCCUAAAAUUGCAAGUAAUCAAUUCUCAGAAAUGUUCACUUUGUCAAACUGUAUAUCUGUUACAUGUACUUAUAGGUCUACUGUAUGUGGCUCCUUUAUUACGUACUGUGUAAAAUUAGCCAUUCAUCGCAUGCAAACAGUUCUUGAUUGGUUUCCAGAUCAUUAGCCAUGUUGGUUUCUCACAAUUAAUGAGAAUUUUCUGUUUGGCUAUUAGUAGUGUUUUGUGGGUUCUUUCUCAGAAUCCUUAUAAUUAUACCUUGUUAAGAAAAUCUAAAUAACCUUGGAAACUGUACAUAACAGAAAGCCAAGGAAGUCUUAUAAAGCAGAAAGUUUCAUAAUAUAACCUUAUCUAAUAUGCAGAUUAUACAUAUUUCGUAAAAGUGUGUACUAUUCUAGUAAGAAUUCAAAUGUCUUUGAUUUAUUACUCUGAUGAGGCAACACAGAUCAUUGCAAAAAUUAUCAACUCAACAUAUUUUUGUAUAACCUAUAUUUUUCCACUGAUAACUUCAGUACUAAUUAAAAUGUACCCUGAUGCAGAAGAGUUAUUUUGAUAACUAUAGUGUAAUUUAUUUGAUUAAUAAGCUAAGUGUCCUAACAUGUUUACUCAGAAGAGAUAUAGUUGUAUAUAUUAUGCUGUAAAAGUUGAAAUUUAUAUUAUGUAGAUAAAAGUAGUUGAUGUAAUUGUCGCAGUCUUUUAAUACAGUACAUUUAUCGUGUCAAAGUUUGUUGAUUUGGGUUAUUUUCUAGAGAUGUGUAACUUUUGGUUAUCAACCCAUUUAACAUUGAAACAAACCGCGAUACUAAUGUUGAGGUCCCUGUUAUGUUUUUGUUCAGGGAGUGGUUUACAAAUGGUGUGUACAAUGUUGAUGUCACAUGAUCAAAAGUGUUGUUAGUGUGACCAUACAUGGGAAAUGUAGUCUGGUCUCAUUCACGUUUGAGGAGAGAAUCUUAUGUUUGUAUACAGGAAGCCAAACCAAGAUGGUGGUCAAAGUUAAUAUAAAUUUGUAAACUGAAAUAUGUAGUGGCCUGCCAACAGGUGUCCAAGUCUUGUGUUAAACCUGAGAGCUUGGUAUAUACGAAUAAUUAUUGAUGACGCUUUACUCACUGUGAAGUUGAUGUGUAUCGUGGGCUCUCUUGAAUUUGUUCUAGGGUAUUUUCUAGAAGUUGGCAACUAUAGUUGGGACUGUUCUUGUGCAAGGGUUUAAAGUUGUUUUGUUUGUACUGACCUGUUUAUUUCUAAUCUCAAUUUUUUCCCCUAAAACAAAGGUACCGUUGAACCAUUUUCUUUGUAACUAUUUAAUAGCAGGCAAAUAACCAUUGAUCAUCUUAUUUGUAUAAUCUUAUUUGCAUAAUCUUAUUUGCAUAAUCCAGUACAACUAAGAAAUAUUUAGAAUGCAUUGAUAUAUUAUAAAACCAUCACACAGUUGUCUGUAGUAUUUCUCUAUCCACUGAUAAACUACUCAGAUUGAAAUGUAGCAAAAGUUAUACUUGGAAUAUAGGCUUAUUAUACUCAGAAAUCUAUAGCAUUUAUGAAGUCUGAGAAUGGGUUAUAUAAUAUUUCCUCAAAGCAUAUUAUGUUUGUUUAAUAGUAUACAAGAUACAAUUUAAAGGCAGUGGACACUAUUGGUAAUUACUCAAAAUAAUUAUU